AGCAUCAAACUUUCCUUAUAAUUUGCAGACUGGAUUUCGUCAUGUGGAUGUGGUGAUUUUUCUAACUCAGGUUGCUUGGGAAUUGAUUGGAUGUUUGUUUUUUUUGCAAUCAAGUACACAACAAACUCAAUUCUCUAAAAUUUACUCUGACUCCGAUUCGGGGUUCUGGAGAUUUAGCUCCAAUUAAAAGUUGUUGAACUGUUGAACUUGCUAACUCCGACCUCGACUCCCGAUUUCGAAGAUCAAGCGACUCUGACUCUCAGAAUUUGACGACUCCAACUCCGGCUAUGAAUUUUUACUACAGUCCAGACACGAUUAUUCGAAGGCGAGGGGACGUCACUCCUGCGUUCACCGAGCGAUAAAGCUCCCUUUUAAACCUUUGCAGCGCUAACAUUUGCUUUUCCGCUUUAACUUGCUUUAACUCGCGUUAACCGCGAUAACUUGCUUUUUGGCUUACCUUUUGUUGCGAUCACGCUUCAGACUGCUCGAUUUUUUUGACAGCGAGAACUGUCAAAUGCAAAUGACAUUUCUCGUUGUCAAACCAUUCGAGCAGUUUAUUUUGCUUUCUUCUUGAAAGAAAAGUGUCAGGGACAAAUCUUCCGCCGGAACCGUAUCCGGCGCUUGUGACGGAUUGCUGCAACCCUUGCCAGCUGCGACCUCUAUUGUGAGCAGCUCGAUUACGCCAGGCAGUGCACCGACCACUGUUGCGCUCCGAUUCAAAUGUUACAGCCAAGGGUCUGCCAACAUCGUUUGGCAACAUCUCUUCAUCAUCGAAGAUGCCAACGGCCGGUAACACCAUGUCGACGCAGUCCUCGCCAGGUCCAACCACGAUGAGCCUCCAAUGCCAACAUCACCGCUUCAAGCGUUCACGGCAACAGCCAAGCUAUCGCCAACAGCUGCAGUACAAGAUCAACAACAACCUUCAGGCGCAUUCAUACCCGCUGUUUAACGGCGUGGCACCCAGAAUCAUCACCGUGGUCACCGUGUUACCGGUGUGGUUGGUGGAGGGCAGAACAACCACUACCAGCCAUCGCAAGUCCGAGACGCGGACGAAGGAGGUCGGGGUCACGAACACGGACCCGACGGAUCACAUGGCGUUGCUGGAGCAUUUUUGGUCGACGAACGAACCGCUGCAGGGGGAUGCCUCGAAGGAAUCAGGUUACCGAGGAAAUGCCGAAUCAUCGCCAAUCAGCUCCAAAGCAUCGCAUCGCAGUUCGCAUACCAGUCUGCAGCAGCAGCAGCAACAACAAUAACAGCAGUCUUCUCUCGCAUCCAAUGGGGGAGUUAACAGCCUAGCGGGCUCGUCGUAUGCAACACCUCGUCCCAGAUUCGAUCAAUUAGAUAAAACAACUCUGAAGACUAUGAUAGUAUGAUGAACUCGCACAAUCAUCACCACCGAAGAUGGGAAGUUCGCGGCGCCACCACCGUCAAUUUUCGACGCGUUGGCAUCUCGAAAUCAGCUUUGGUCCUGAUCUGCU